AUGGAGGCUCUGAAACUUUUUCCUCUCUACAUUGCUCUUCUUCUUACUCUCUCUCACUCUGCUUCAGACGUUGAGUUGAUUUUGCAAAAGCUCAAGCCUUCACUAAAAGGGGAUUCGGAGAAUUUCCUGUUGUCUACGUGGAAUGCUUCUGUGCCACUUUGUCAGUGGAGAGGCCUCAAAUGGGCCAUCAACAAUGGCACUAAUUUAGUUUGUACUGACCUCUCUUCCCCACAAUGGACUAGUCUUUCUCUAUACAAAGACCCCUUUUUGCACCUUAUUUCUGUUCGACUCCCAUCGGCAAAUCUCUCAGGAAUACUACCUAGAGAGAUAGGGGAAUUUUCAAAUCUCGAAAGUCUUUAUCUUGGCGUAAAUGCACUUUCUGGGACAAUCCCUUUGGAGCUUGGGUAUAGUUCUUCUUUAUCAGAUAUUGAUUUAAGCCACAAUUUGCUUUCUGGGUCUUUGCCAACAUCCAUUUGGAACCUCUGCGAUCGCCUGGUUUCACUUCGGCUUCAUGGCAAUUCUUUAUCUGGUUCUCUUCCUGAUCCUGCAUUACCAGUUGCUAUUUGCAAGGAUUUGCAUUUUCUUGAUUUGGGACAAAAUACGUUUUCUGGAAACUUUCCAGAGUUCAUUACUAGGUUUGAUGGGCUUAAAGAGCUUGAUCUUGGGAACAAUAUGUAUUCUGGUCCAAUUCCAGAGAGUAUUACUGGACUAAAGUUGGACAAAUUGAAUCUUUCACACAAUAAUUUUAGUGGGGUGUUGCCAAAAUUUGAAGAAUCAAAGUUCGGGGUGGAUGUUUUUGAGGGGAAUAGUCCUACUCUUUGUGGGCAACCCUUGAGAUCUUGUGGUGGAAGCUCAGGAUUGAGUUCCGGUGCAAUUGCUGGAAUUGUCAUUGGUUUGAUGACUGGUGCUGUAGUUCUGGUUUCAUUGUUGAUUGGGUAUUUUCAAGGGAAGAAACGGAAGAGUGUGGACGAAGAGGAGGAAUUGGAGGAAGGAGAGGAUGGAGAAGAAGGCGGCGGUGGUGGUGAGGGGAAGUUAGUCAUGUUUCAGGGCGGCGAGCAUUUGACAUUAGAGGAUGUCUUGAAUGCAACGGGGCAACUUAUGGAGAAGACGAGUUAUGGGACUGCAUACAAGGCAAAAUUAGCCGAUGGAGGAACCAUUGCUUUAAGGUUGUUGAAAGAAGAAUCCAGAGUCGGAAAACCAGUGCUGAAUUGGGCUAGGCGACACAAGAUUGCUUUGGGAAUAGCCAAAGGACUAGCUCAUCUUCAUGGUCUUGAGACACCAAUAACUCAUGGGAAUGUGAGAUCGAAAAAUGUUCUUGUAGAUGAUUUCUUUGUGGCCAGGCUCAACGAGUUUGGACUUGACAAGAUAAUGAUUCCAUCUGUAGCUGAUGAAAUAGUUGCACAAGCUAAAACCGACGGCUACAAGGCUCCGGAACUUCAGAAGAUGAAGAAAUGCAAUUCCCGAACAGAUGUUUAUGCGUAUGGAAUACUUCUCCUCGAGAUUCUACUUGGAAAAAGGCCAGGUAAGAAUGGAGUAAAUGGGGAGUUUGUUGAUUUGCCUUCACUGGUGAAAGUGGCAGUUUUGGAGGAAGCAACAAUGGAAGUGUUCGACGUGGAGCUGUUGAAGGCAACGAAGAAUCCUAUGGAAGAAGGGCUCGUUCAUGCAUUAAAACUUGCAAUGGGAUGUUGUGCUCCGGUGGCUUCUGUUCGGCCUACUAUGGACGAGGUUGCAAGGCAGUUGGAAGAGAAUCGACCGAGGAAUAGGUCUGCUAUAUACAGCCCCGCUGAAACUCGAAGUGGAAGUGGUACCCCUUUCUGA